GUGUUGCGAUAAGAUACUUAAGUACUCGUACUCUUACAUCGAGCUUUCUAUCACGCUACUACAACUACAACUGACGCGCUAACAACUGUACUGUAAGAUGACAAGAUCGGUGCGGUGUUUAUUUUCUAUAUUUCCGCGUGCGCAACACACAGCAGCUUCGAGUCCCGCAAUGGCUCAAUCCAAGGAACUAGACCAUUAUAAACUGAUCUUCAACGACGUCAAAACCCGUCCAUAUAACCAAGACCUGGGUUGCCCAAAAUCGAGCGUUCUAAACGAUCAUCUCAAAGACCGUUUAUCUGGUUCCUUGGUCGGUUUAGCUGUCGGCGAUGCCGUGGGCGCCUACUUCGAAUUCAAAUCCGCGGAAUUCGUGCGCCGGAAUGCACCAAUUGGUAUGCGCUCAGGUGGAACAUGGAGUCUAGACGCUGGUCAGUGGACGGAUGAUACAUCGAUGGCAUUAUGUCUGGCUGCUAGUCUACUGAUGACGGGAGAGUGUGAUCCCUAUGAUCAGACGAUGCGUUAUCUGGCCUGGUACGAACGCAGUUAUUUGUCGUCCAAAGAAGGGGACGGACCGGCGUUUGAUAUUGGUAUCGGCACCAGGGGCACAUUGGAUAAAUUUUCCAUGUGGCAGAGUGAUCUUGUAUGCAAACUAAUUAAAAAUAAUUCAGAAAGAAUUGAGGCGAAGUAUAAGUUCGAAGGAAGUGUUUACGAUGCGGUGAGAAAGGAAUUCCCAUCGGCGGGAAAUUUUGCGCAUGCCACAACAGGUGGAAAUGGUUCGUUAAUGCGUUUGGCUCCCAUUCCCGUGUUCUUUCACUCAGAUACCCAGGCGGCCAUCACAUCGGCCGAGGUCAGCUCGAUCACAACGCAUCGCGCCGGUUUUGCUAUCGACGCGUGCAAAUUCUACGCGGCACUGAUCUGUGAGGCAUUCAGACCCGGUGCGACGAAAGCUGUCCUGCUAGACAGUGGUUUUCGUGAUAAAUUCCCCGGGCUACGUAAUCUGGACCGACAGAUUGUCGAAAUUGCUGAAGGGUCGUAUAAAACGCCGGUCAACGCUCCGCCACACGAUAUAGUGGGUAACUCCAAUGGCGCAGCUUCCAAAGCGCUGAAGGCAGCACUGUGGGCGAUCUACAACGAUGAGGAUAGCUUUAAACGUGGCGUGGAACUGGCGGUGGGAUUAGGUGGCGAUACGGAUACGGUGGCCGCCAUUUAUGGGCAACUAGCGGGGCGUUAUACGGACAUACAGAUACAGGAAUCCCCAAAGAAUGGCGUGACAAACUGUACAAGCACGAUUUUAUACGAGAUCUUGCGCUGCAUCUUGGUGAACGACAUGCUCAGUAAUGAUAACGAUUAUUUUUGUACUGAUUUUACUAGCAGAUUUUUUUAUGAUAAUGAUAACUUACAUGAUUUUGGUGUUACAUAAUUUUUGGUUCGAAGGUGCUUCUGCGAAUGUUUUUUGCCAAGGAUUUCAUAGAUAUGCGUUUAGCACGACUGCAUGUCCUGUUUCUCAGCGGUUGGAGACUGUUUGGUCGGCACAUUUUACCCAGACUGGUUUGCGAGUGAUUUGCAGGAUUGCUGCUGCAUGCAAUGUCAGCG